AGGUCUGGCAAGUUCUGGGUUGUUUAUACCUGAGUUACCUCACACAUCCCACCAGUUUCCCCGCCCCAUCUGCUGGGGGCCGGCCCUCAGCCCUCAGCCUCCUUUUCCCCACAUGCUGGGGGACCGGGGGCCAACAUGGAUCUUCCCCUUGACAUCAGCUGAGCCUGGAAGAAGCAUCCUUUUACACCAUGGACAGAGGCAGCCACCGGAAUGCUUCUCCAGCAAGGGCACCUCCUCCUCAGGCUUCUCCAGCAAGGACAUCUCCAGCAAGGGCACCUCCUCCUCAGGCUUCUCCAGCAAGGACAUCAUCUCCAGCAAGGGCACCUCCUCCUCAGGCUUCUCCAGCAAGGACACCUCCUCAGGCUUCUCCAGCAAGGACAUCAUCUCCAGCAAGGGCAUCUCCAGGAAGGACAUCUCCUCCUCAGACUUCUCCAGCAAGGGCACCUCCUCCUCAGGCUUCCCCAGCCCGGGCAUCUCCAGUCCGGGCGUCUCCAGCCAGGGCACCACCUUCCAGGUCAUCGUCGGGCAGGUCAUCAUCUGCCAGGUCAGCCUCCACGACAUCCUCCCCAACGAGAGUGUACCUUGUUAGAGCAACACCAGUGGGGGCUGUCCCCAUCCGGGCUUCUCCUGCCAGGUCAGCACCAGCCACCAGGGCCACCAGGGAGAGCCCAGGUCUCAGUUUCCCCAAGUUCUCCUGGCAGGAGACCCAGAGACAGCUGCCACUCAUCGGGUGUGUCCUCCUUCUCAUCUGCCUGGUGAUCUCACUCAUCCUUCUCUAUGAGGGACGGGAGCCCCAGAGUCCAAGAGGGAUUGCAGUCUACUUCUGGCGAGGCCACACAGGGAUCAAAUACAAAGAGCCGUUGGAGAGUUGCCCCAGCCACGCAGUUCGCUGUGAUGGAGUAGUGGACUGCAAAAUGAAGAGCGACGAGCUGGGCUGUGUCAGGUUUGACUGGGACAAGUCCCUCCUGAAAGUCUACUCUGGAUCUUCUGGUGAGUGGCUCCCUGUGUGCAGCAGCAGCUGGAAUGACACCGACUCCAAGAGGACCUGCCAGCAGCUGGGGUUUGACAGCGCUUACCGAACAACUGAGGUGGCCCAUAGGGACAUCACCAGCAGCUUCUUACUCUCCGAAUACAAUGCCACCAUCCAGGAAAGCCUCUACAGGUCGCAAUGUCCUUCCCGGCGGUAUGUCUCCCUCCAGUGUUCCCACUGUGGUCUGAGAGCUAUGACCGGGCGGAUCGUGGGAGGGGCUCUGACCUCAGAGAGCAAGUGGCCCUGGCAAGUUAGCCUGCACUUCGGCACCACCCACAUCUGCGGGGGCACACUCAUCGAUGCCCAGUGGGUGCUCACUGCUGCCCACUGUUUCUUUGUGACCCGGGAGAAGAUUCUGGAGGGAUGGAAGGUGUACGCAGGCACCAGCAACCUGCACCAGCUGCCUGAGGCUGCCUCCAUCUCCCAGAUCAUCAUCAACAGCAACUACACGGAUGAACAGGAUGACUAUGACAUCGCCCUCAUAAGGCUGUCCAAGCCCUUGACCCUAUCAUCUCACAUCCACCCUGCCUGCCUCCCUAUGCAUGGUCAGACCUUCGGCCUCAAUGAGACUUGCUGGAUCACUGGCUUUGGCAAAACCAAGGAGACAGAUGAGAAGACAUCUCCCUUCCUCCGAGAGGUUCAGGUCAACCUCAUCGACUUCAAGAAGUGCAAUGACUACUUGGUCUACGACAGUUACCUUACCCCAAGGAUGAUGUGUGCUGGGGACCUUCGAGGAGGGAGGGACUCCUGCCAGGGAGACAGUGGAGGACCUCUUGUCUGUGAGCAGAACAAUCGCUGGUACCUGGCAGGUGUCACCAGCUGGGGCACAGGCUGUGGCCAGAAAAACAAGCCUGGUGUGUACACCAAAGUGACAGAAGUACUUCCCUGGAUUUAUAGAAAGAUGGAGAGUGAGGUACGCUUCCGGAAAUCUUAACGGUGCCCUCCUCACAUUGCUGACUGCUAUGAAGAUCCUGGCCAAAGGGACUGGCCAUUUGCAGCAUCUGGACCAGUGAUCACCAGGCGCCUUGUUCCUUCCACCUCUGCUGUCUGCUGUCUCUGUGAGAGUGUGUAUGCGGUACAUGUGUGUUUGCAUGGUGUGUGUGUGUGUGUGUGUGUUACUAUUACAAGAUCUUCAGAAAACAGGAAAACUCAACUCUUCUCAGAAUCCCAGGCUGGAAAAUCUGGACUUAAGAGUUUGGGCACCAGGUGUGUUCCUAUGAGUCUAUAAGUGGAGAUGGAGCCAAAAAUUAGCCCAGGAAGGGCUUGGAACAUGACAACAGCAGUUGUCGCUCUCCUAACUCUGACUUGAAGACCAGCCCGGAUUGGUCAGACGCCCAGCAGCCAGUGACAUCAUUGCUGUGCUGGGACAGCAGAAAAUUUUGUCAGGGGCUGUCUUGUCAGUGCCCGGACCAUCUGUCCUCCAUGGAAAGCCUUUACCAUCUGUGCUCAAGCAUCCAGCCCUCUGGGCCACCUGCAGUUGCUGUGGGUUCCAGAGCUGGGCUCUGCUGUAGCUGCCCAUCUCUGGGUAAUGACUGUGACUCAGGCUUGCUGUACUUUUGGUCACAAGCUGUUGGGAUGGAUUUUAUUUUUAUAUUUAAAAUAUAGAAAUAGAUGUAACUUUAAGGAGUCUCCAAAAGUCCUAGGGACCUUGGGAGUUUUUUACAUGAAUCACUUCAUGAACUCCAGGGGACCCCUGGGAGUUGAAGCAUCCUAUAAUAUAUUACUGGCUUCAUAAAAUCAGGUGAAGUGACUUGAUGAAAUCCUCAGGGCAGAUAUGUCCAAGUCGGUGUAGAGACUAGGGACCUUUGAAAUACUCAGGGAAGAAAACCCUCGUUUGGGUUGACAGAUAGAUCCAGUGCAUACCGAUCUAGCCUCCGAGGACUAUAGCCAGCGGGAAGAAGUAAAGAUGUUAGUGCUGCACUGGUUCGCCUCUUGAGACCUCUGGGGGAGUCUAUGCAUACAGCAUUGUCUACACCCAAGGGCUGACUAUGAAGUUUGCUUGUGUCAUCCUUCGUCUUUCAGCUUUGUACUGACUCGAAAAGCUGUGAAGAGAACAUAAUAACUGCCCUCAGACCCUCUAAGCAGCUUCUCUGAGCAGCCUAAGUUGGCCAUGUUCCUGGUCUUCCCUGGGCCUUUCCUCUUGGUCACCUGUUGUUCCUUAACUCCACUCUCUUCAACCCUCCUUGGGCCUACCAGACCUCUUGUGAUACUGAGUCUCAGAGGCAAGUUCAAGGAGAUCAGACCAGCUCAGGACAGUUCAGGCAAGCUGGAGGUAGCUGGAGUGGCUGGGCAGCAUCAGACAGGGCUGGAACACUUAGGGAAUCUCUUCAAGGCUGUGAAGGAGGUGGGCAGCAUCCGUGUCUGCAGAAGAUCCCAGCAAUGAGCUUCCGUAAUAAAAAUGUGUGGCAUGAA